AUGGGUCACAUGAAGAAGUUAGAAGAUGAUGAUGACAAGAGCACUAUAUACUUACCUCAUCAUGCUGUCAUUCGACAAGACAAGGAGACUACAAAGGUCCGUGUAGUCUUCGAUGCUUCAGCUAAGGGCUCCAACGGUUUAUCACUGGAUGAUUUAAUGCGAGUAGGUCCUGUUCUACAAAGAGAUCUUCGCAGUCUUAUUACUUUAUGGAGAGUUAUUAAGAUUUGCUUCAUUGGAGACAUAACAAAGAUGUACAGAAUGGUUAAGAUGUCUGAAAACCACUCAAAAUUACAAUGCAUUGUUUGGAGAGACAAUCCAGACGAGGUAUUAAGAAGUUAUAAACAUUUAACAGUUAAGUUCGGAACGGCCGCUGCACCAUUCCUCGCCGUCAGAACACUGAAACAAUUAGCAAACGAUGAAAUGCUAGAAUAUCCUGAAGCUGCUAAUCCGAUUCAAACAUCAUUUUAUGUUGAUGAUCUAAUGGGGGGUCAUGAAGAUGUAGAAAAGGCAAAGAAGCUCUGUGAAGAAAUAAAGAUUUAUUCACCAUUAGCCCAGCUCACUUAA